AUGUCGGGCUCUACAGCACCCCAAAUCGCGAGGUGUGUUCGCGACACGAUCGGAUCGCUUGACAAAAUCACGGACGUUUAUGAGGCAAUUGAUGAUGCCGAUGAUCUUCCACCAGCCUUCGAAGAGGUCUUUAAAGCGGUGUCUCCUGCGACGACGGCUUUGAAAAGCAUUAAGGCGUACCUUGCCAAGAAAAAGCCUGAAGGCGACAUGGAUGCCGAUAAAAACACAGCCCAGAAGGAAAAGGCUGCAGCUGAAAAGUUUCAAGCCGCCGCGGCGCACCUGUAUGACAUUUACGACAGAGUCGUGCCGGCUGGAGAUGGUCCACGGAUGGCGCGCUAUCGGUCAGCAGCGGGGAAAAGUGGCCGUAUUGAGGUACUUAUGAAGGGGAUUCUUGACGGUAUCCUCGUUCUCGCGAAGGAACCUAUAUUCAGCAAGGAUCAAAUCGCCGCUAUAAAGAAGGCGUUGGAAGAGGUACUCAAAAUACCGAAGUCCUUGACAGAUGAGACAGGUCAGGGAGUAUACAAUUAUGGAAGCGGCCCACAGACUGUCCAUUAUGGCCAAGGUGACCAGAAUAUUAACACCGGCCCAAGCCCUCAGUUGAAUGGGAAGUUUAUGAGAGAGAUCAACGUCAACCCUGUGAUGCCGAAGCCGGACACUUUAGACCAUAAAAGCCGGACACAUUAG